AUGGUCAUCUCUGAUUAUCCCUAAGAUGUGUCUAGAACACAGUUGGAGUCCACCUUUUGCUUUUGAAUUAAGUGAACACUGUUUGGAAAGGCACAAACCUGGGUCUAUGAGGUCCCAGAAUUUACAUCGUCAGGACAAAACCAACCCAGAAAGUACAAGGAACUGUCUGUGGUUCUCAGUGAUUGUGACUAGGCGUAGGAUCAGGGCUGGAGAACGUCGAGCCCUCAUGCUACCCUCAUGUAGUCUGUUAUGGGAGUUUGGUCAGAAACAUGCACAGCAGGGCUCUGGCGGGGCGCUUCCUGUUCCUUUUCGCACAAAGGAGCAGAUACGGGUUCUGGUAUCUCCUCAAUGCGCUUGUGGCAGCACAUAUGGAUGUGCCAUGUUCAACCUGAAUGGACUGUAAGAACUCCCUCAUGCUACUAGUAGUCAUCUAUGGCCACCAUUUCAUUAAAACCAUUCCCUUUUUGGUGGUUGUCUUCCUGUUGCCACUCCAGUGCACCUGUUGGCACUAUGCAUCCCACCAUCCCCCUUUUAAAUGUUUUUUAAAACGACGACAAUCAAGCCCUGCUUGAGAAAGGAUGUCCAACGACCGACGUAGAAAACCCGUCAUCAACAAAGACAAACCGGUCACCAAUCGUGACAUCGACGUGGCCGAGAAACUCAAGACCAGCGAGAUCACUCAGAUCCAGCCUCAGAAACUUACCUUAAACCUAAGAGCAGGCGAGCCUCAGAAGUUUUCUCUGAAGUUCAAAAGGGCGGAGGAUUACCCUAUUGACCGGUACUUCCUGAUGGACCUCAGUAACUCUAUGCAAAAAGAUCUCCAGAACGUCAAGAGGCUGGGAACUGACCUGGCCCGAGAGAUGCAGGACCUCACUUCAGACCUAAGACUCGAUGGAGGAGAAGGUGGUGUUGAUUGUAGAUCUAUUGGCUCUUUUCUCUCUCUGCACAGCUCAACAAUAUGGUAAUGAGUGUGCUAAGGCAUCAGCUCAGUCCUGUAGGGAGUGUAUUCAGGUUGGAGAAAAGUGUGGCUGGUGUACUGACGAGGCCUUUUUGAAGGAGGGCGAAACCAAGUCCACACGCUGCGAUGAGAUCGAGGCUCUGGCCAAGAAAGGCUGUCCUGCAAAUAAGGUUGAAAACCCCAGAGGGAUGGUCACAAUAGAUCAGAACAAACCUGUGACGAACCGCAAGAAAGACGUGGCCGAGAAGCUCAAAGCUGACCAGAUUACUCAGGUUCAGCCCCAGAAGCUCAAGCUCAAGCUCAGAUCAGGCGAGCCUCAGAAGUUUAACUUGAAGUUCAAGAGAGCUAGGGAUUACCCCAUUGACCUGUACUACCUGAUGGACCUCAGCAUUUCCAUGAACAAUGAUUUGGAGGACAUGAAGAAUUUGGGAACGGACCUGAUACGCGAGAUGCAGAGCGUCACAUCUGACUUCAGGAUAGGCUUCGGAUCCUUCAUGGAUAAAACGGUGAUGCCCUACAUCAGUACAACCCCAGCCAAGCUGCUGAACCCCUGCAACGCCGAUCAGAACUGCACCAGCCCGUUCAGCUACAAGAACAUUCUGAGUUUGACCGACGACAGCAAACAGUUCAACACUCUGGUCAGCCAGCAGCUCGUCUCUGGAAACCUGGACUCACCAGAGGGAGGCUUCGAUGCCAUCAUGCAAGUUGCUGUGUGUGGGGACCAGAUUGGUUGGAGGAACGUCACCCGCCUGCUGGUGUUUUCCACCAACGCCGGCUUCCACUCCGCCGGAGACAGCAAACUGGGAGGCAUCGUGCUUCCAAACGACGGCCGAUGCCACCUUAAGGACAACAUGUACACCAUGAGCCAUUACUAUGACUACCCCUCCAUAGCUCACCUUGGGCAGAAAUUGAGUGACAACAACAUUCAGACCAUUUUUGCCGUGACUGAAGAGUGCCAGCCUGUCUAUAAGAAACUUAAAAAUCUCAUCCCGAAGUCUACUGUGGAAACGCUGUCUGCAAACUCCAGCAACGUGAUCAAGCUCAUUAUCGAUGCCUAUAAAUCUCUGUCCUCCGAGGUGAUUUUGGAGCACAGCAAGCCGCCUGAAGGAGUGACUAUCUCAUACGUGUCCCACUGCAAGAACGGGAUCAGCGAGACCGAAGAAAAGAGGCGAAAGUGCUCAAACAUCUCCAUCGGCGAUGAGGUGACCUUCGACAUAUCCAUCACGGCCAAAGGCUGUCUGUCUCAGGGCAAUCCGGAGACGAUAAAGAUCAAACCCCUGGGCUUGAACGAGGAGGUGGUGAUCGAGCUAAGCUUCAUCUGUGAGUGCGAAUGUCAGCAAGGCGGCAUCCCCAGCAGUGCAGAUUGUCACUUCGGUAACGGAACCCUUGAGUGUGGAGCAUGCAGGUGUAACGAGGGCCGGAUCGGAAGGGUCUGCGAGUGCAGCAAAGACGACGUCAGGGCAGAGGAUCUGAACGCCAACUGCCGCUUGGGAAACGGCACGGACAUAUGCAGCAACAACGGAGACUGCAUCUGCGGGGACUGCGAGUGCAAAAAGAGAGACAACCCGGAGGAGCGCUACGACGGGAAGUACUGCCAGUGCGACAACUUCAACUGCGACCGAUCCUACAAUAAACUCUGCGGAGGUCACGGUCGGUGCGUGUGCAGGGUAUGCGAGUGCUAUGGGAACUACACCGGCAGCGCAUGCGACUGUCCCCUGGACACGCAGCCCUGCAUGGCCUCCAAUGGGCAGAUCUGCAACGGCCGCGGCACUUGUGAGUGCGGCGUGUGCAAAUGCACCGAUACUAAGUUCCAGGGCCCCACCUGUGAAAUGUGCCCUACCUGUCCUGGAGUUUGUACCGAGCACAAGUCCUGCGUGGAAUGCCGCGCCUUCAAAACCGGCGAGUUGAAAGACAAGUGCGAGGAGAAAUGCAACUACUUCGAGCUGAUUAAGGUGAAAGAAAAGCAGGAUCUUCCACAGCCGACCAGCCAGCCCUACCUCACUACCUGCAAAGAGCGGGAUGCCAACGACUGCUGGUUCUUCUUCGUUUACACCUCCAAGAACAACAACGUCACUGUUUAUGUGGCUGAGACUUUGGAAUGCCCCUCCGGCUCUUACAUAAUCCCCAUCGUAGCAGGCUUGGUCGCAGGCAUCGUUUUGAUCGGCCUGGCCCUGCUUCUCAUCUGGAAACUUGUCAUGAUCAUUCAUGACCGCCGAGAGUUUGCAAAGUUCGAGAAAGAGAGGAACUAUGCCAAGUGGGAUACGAGCAUAUCAAGCGUACACACCACUUCAUGGAGAUCUCUCCAAACAGUCGACCUGUACCCUCUGUAUUCCCCCCGAAGAGAACAGAAUGACCCGCGCCGCCAUUCCUUCCAGGAACAGAGUGAGGAUCUAUAAUCUAUAAUCGCCGUCACUACAGUCGUCAAUCCCAAAUACGAGGGGAAGUAAAAGACAAGCGUUCAGUCUGAAACACUGUAUGCACUGUUUUUAAUCAUAUAUUAAUAUUAAUAUAUUUUUAUUGUUGCCGCAGGACUGGCUUUGCUCUAUAAAGUGACAGUUGUGCCUUUUUGAUAAGAGCCUGUUUUAUGUUUUUCAGUUCUGAUCCUGAAUUUUAUUUCAUUCAUUUAUUUUAAGGCCGCUCAGGUGGCGCAGCGGUAAAGUACGCUAGCGCACCAGAGUUGGGGUUUCGAAUACAUCGUAUCGAAUCUCAGCUCUGCCUUUCCGACUGGGCUGGGCGGCUGUAUGAACAACGAUUGGCUGUUGUUCAGGGUUAGAGGGUAAAAAAGUCGGAUUGCAGGUCCUCAUAACUGGUGCGACUGCGGCCCCUGCUGGCCGACUGAUGUCGCCUGCACAGGGCUGAAGAAUAAUGCUGAUAGAGGUGUGGCCCCCCAUACACAGUGCCCGUCGGUGUUUGAACUCGACUCGUGUAGGUGAAGGUGAAAAACUAAGGGUCGGAUCAGUAUAGAGGACGCAAUCAGGGUAAUUGGACACGACUAGAUUAGGGGAGAAAAAUUGGGUGGAAAAAAGUGGGAAAAUAGAAAGAAAAAAAAGAUCAGGACUUGAACGAGAAACAAAUCGAUUUUUAAGGUGAUCAGGUCAAGUCAGAAAUCUAUGGAGAAAUCCAGUCAUGAAGAGCCUUGGCUGUCAAAAAAGAAGCAACGAUCUAUAGAAAUAGUAUUACAAUAUUUGCUUGACGAUUCAAGUCUCAAACUCAGGUUUCCAAAUCCUCUAGAUCCCCUCGAUCACGAAAGCCAAAUAUUUACCACUCACUGUGCUAAUACGUAUGUUGUUUCACUAUGCCAAGUCUGUUUCCUAAAGCUUACUCGAUUUAUAACCAACUUUUCAUUUCCUGUUUCGUCGAUCACGGUCACUCCCAGAACACGAGUUGUAAGGUGCUGUCGGAUUACGCCACUGAAAAUUACUGUUAACGGGAACGACUUGUAACUCGUGCUGCCUUUAAUAAUGCUGUUCAUUAUACGUCUCACAGACUGCUUUUUAAUUUUUUUAUUUUGAUAUUUGAUAUUUUUUUGCAUCGUGCACACGCUCAUGAUCUUUUGUUUCGAAUGUUAUUUAUUAAAAUAAAGAACCAAUAAAGAGAA